CCUGUCUUGGGAUUGAUUUCCCUCGUUCUUCUGGGCGCAGGACUUCUCUUCCAAUUCUUUGUCAUUCUGUCCGGCGUGUCAAACACAACACCCCUCAACAAGACCUACUUCAUCCAGGUCGACACAACAGGCACUUCGGCUCCUCGCAGCCCCUCUCGAUGGACCUUCUUCUACAUUUGCGAAGCGGUCAAUGGCCGUAACGCAAACUGCGGUUCUCCCGUCCCUGCUCUGCCUUUCGAUCCCCCAAGAAACUUCGGCAGCACCCAAGGCGUUCCUGAGUCCUUCAUUGGAACUCACCACUACUACUACCUCUCGCGUUUCAUGUUCGCUUUCUACCUGAUCGCUCUCUUCUUCGCUGCCAUGGCCUUCUUCACCGGCAUCCUUGCUCUCUGCACUCGUCUUGGCUCUUACCUCUCUGGCCUCACUGUCGCCGUUGCUGCUUUCUUCCAGGCCCUCGCUGCCGCUCUCAUGACUACUAACAUUUUCCCAGCGNCAUGCUUCGUCCAAGGCCGCAACGCCUUCCGUCGCAACGGUCAGAAUGCCACCCUCGGUCGCUACGGCUUCGGCUGGACCUGGGCCGCCUUUGCCGCCUACUUCCUCGCCAUGAUCCUCUUCUGCGUCGGCGGUGCCGUUUCCAAGUCAAGCAGCACCACUCCCCGUAAGGGCGGCAUGUUCGGUCGCAAGGCUAGCACCCGCUCGCGCGGCAGCUUCAUCGACUCAGAGAGCCAGAGACGCGUCAAGGAAGAGUACGAG